AUGCACGCCCCCCUCAUCAGCACCCUCCUCCUCGCUCUCGCCGCCUCCGUCUCCUCCCUCUCCCUCGGCGACCUGGAGUCCAUCCCGUCCGACACCGUGACCCCCGGCUGCCUCUCCGCCUACAACCAGGAAAUCACCGCCUGCCCCGCCGCCGCCGACUUCAAGGCCAAGAAGACCUGCUCCGACGAGUGCAUCUCCGCCCUGAACACAUUCUCAGAUGACACAAUCCUCGUGUGCCGCCAGGCCUUCGUCUCACCCGACAGCCUUCUCCGCCGCCUCCUCGACGGCGGCCUCGUCAAGGUACUCUGCCCUGCCGCUUCCUCCUCCUCUUCCACGGCCGCACCGACGACAACUUCAGCUCCAGCACCAUCAAAGUCCUCUUCAGCUUCCCACUCAACCCCAGCUUCAACCUCCGCCGAAGCCGAAACCCAACCAACCUCAACCCAAUCACCUGCAAAGACCAAGACCGAAAGCGCAGUCUCAACCGUCACGCCCACGACCGUCGCCUUCUCCGGCUUCAUGACCAUCACGGCCUCCUCCGCCGCCUCGACCGCCAGCAUCCCGGCCGAGCUCACGCUCGACGACAGCGCUGAGCCAACUGUUUCUAGUGCCUAUGGCGGAUAUGCCGCGUAUGCUGUUGUCUCGGGGAGUGGUGUUGUGUCGGCGGAGGCGGUGCAGUCGUCUGCUGCCGCUGCGGGGAAUGGGUCGCCAUUUGAGUCGAGCUCUGAUUCGACGGCGCAAACGGGGGCUGCGGCCGGGGGUGUAAAGGCCGGGUGGGGGGCUGUUGUGUUGGCUGUUGUGGCUUUGGGUGCGGGUUUGGUGUAA